UGUAUAAUCUUUCCCUUUCUUUCCUUUCGACUGAAAACACUCGAGAAUUUCCCGAGCACAUUCUAUAGUAUCACCCACAAAUAAAUACCAAACCUGAUUGACGCGGUACAUGCAACGUCGGGGACGAUCCCGUCAGGUUUCUCAUGCUGCGCUGGCACGGAAGGCAUCAGAGGAAAGGGCUAGGCAACAACGGGCGCUGUUGGAAAAGUUGACCACCACGACAGCGUUUUUUGUUGAAGAGAUGGGAUCAUCGGAAACUUUCGAACAGCCUUCAUUGGAAGCUGCUGUGGAAGGAUAUCCUGCACCUUCCUUGCGUUUGCCACCAGAGGUUGCUGGUUCGAGUAGCAAUUCCAAAUGCCACUAUUCACCAGUGCGGCACUCAAACAUCAUCGAUCUCACUGGUCCUGAAUUCGAAUUCUCGUCGCAAUUUGAGCUCCAUUUUCAAGAAUUGGAUCUUUCCAGUUCAAUGUUGAACUCUGAAAUAUACACGUAUCCACCAUCAAUACCCCCUUCUCCUAUAACUUCCGCGGCUGUGACGCCCGACACGUCUGAAUCUCAAACAUCCGAUUCCUACUUCUCCCUGAGUUCUCUUGAAGAAAGAAGCUCGCCAACGCCUCUUACCCUUCUUGAUCAGCUUCACACGGCGUACGCUCUCGAUGACCUCCCGUUGGCAAAAAUAUUGUUGCUCAAGAUAACCCAAGAUGUUCAGGAUAUCACCUCGCGAACGGACCCACGUCUCGACGCUGUCAAACCCGAGGACUUUGACGUGGCGUUUUUGCCAAAAGGAGGGCUUAUGACUCCCGAGGACGAGGCACGUCUAUUUGCAAGACAGGAGAAGGAGCAGAAGCGGUUGCAGAAAGAGGCACAGGAGGCGCAAGAAGAAGCUAAUCGACACAGGGAGAAAGUUGAACGCGAGAGACGAGAGCAGGAGGAGAAAGAUCGAGUCGAGAAAGAAGAAAGAGAAAGGGUGGAGAGAGAACGAGCUUGGGAAGGUUGGGUUGAAGGUGUCUGGGAGAGCGCGAAGAAGGAAAUGGAAGAAAUGAAAGAAAUAAGAGAGUUUGCGAGAAGAUGCCAAGAAGAUGUAGAGCGAGCGUGUCAAGAGCAAAGACGGCAAGAUCAAAGACGUCGAGUCAAUGCCGACAGACGUCGGACCCAUACCGCGAAGGGAUCAGUGUCAACACCGCUACCGCGCAUAUCCUAUGCUCAUCUUCCCACGACUCGACUUGACUCCUUACCUCCAUCACAGACUGAACUAUUAUACACUCUUCCCAACAUACCGAAACAUUCCACUCAACGAAGACGACUUACUUGUACAAAGGAUGGGUCAUCUUGCAGCACUGCAUCCACACCUUCACAUCCCUUGUCACUACGUAAAACAAUCGUCCCGUCUUCGUCACCAUUCUUGGCAUUGGAGUCUCUUCGCGAAUCUAGCACCGCCUCCUCUUCCUUAGGCUUGGAUGCCAGUAAAAAGUAUCCCUCUACUGUUUCCGUCCAAGAGGUCCUUGCAGCAAUGCGAGGCGAGUUAUUUCCCUCGGAAUUUCUUCAACCAGAGAAGCGAGAUUCCUCUCAGCAUACUUUGCACGGCAGGACAAAGUCCGAUGACCUCGACCUAGGAGGUUUGAGGCAGCGGAGCAAGACUCCUCAUCAUGGUCUCAAGGCAAACUCGAUUUCGUCAUCCAGUUCUGCGUUGACGCGUAAGCAGAAGCGGAAUGAAGCUCUACUUUCAGAGUUAUUGUCGACCUCCAAUGAUCAGCUAGGGAUGGACAGACUGUGUAAUCGAAGAAAGGGUAAAGCAUCAGAUGACAUACGGAUGAAGAGGAUGACUCCACUCCGAAUGGACAGUUCAGCAUCUGUGACUUCUGCAACGUCGGCCAAGUCGGUGUGUGCAGCUUGUUCCGAGAAUCUGAUGUCACCAUCUACGAUGAGCAGUGGUAUAUCCAGAUCAGGGAGCUGGUUAUCAUUCAUGUCAUCUUCAUCAGUUUCUUCAGCUUCGACAGUGCUGACAACGCCUUCGGCUUCGACGUCCGGAUCCUCUCCGCCUAUCCAGCCUCUAAUCCGCACUGGUAGCGUUUUCUCCACUUGGUUGAAGGGCGUUGCCUCUCAGUCGUCGCCGACGCCCACGGAUCAAUGUACCUGUGAACACUUGAGUGUUUCUCGAAUGUACACUGCAUCUCGAGGAAUUGAGUGUCGACUCAUCCCAGUCGGAAAAGACGAAUCCCCACUUCCGCUAGAUCUCUUGGAUGUGACUGUAUCUCCUUCCCCGACAUUGACAAACACCGAGUCCUCAGCAGCUAUUAAGCAAUUCAAUAUGGCAUCUGGAAAACCUACUCACUCGAUGGCUUCCCCCACUGGCUCGAAAAGCCUUCUUCGUUCUGUGACCAAUUUCCUAGAUGUUGCUAAGAGCUUUCAGUCAGCUUAUAUGCACGCAGCUAUGUUCGCAACUCUUGCAACAGUUCCCAACGUCAGUUUAUAUGGGAGCGAUUGGGAUCGUGAAUAUGAACACAAGCAAGGGAGAAAGCAGAGCAACGCAGUUGGAGAACAUGGUGGGAGCAAAGUAAAACGUAGAUUGCAACCUGUUGGUUGUCGGGUGGGCACAAAUGAAGUUUCCCUUUUUACUUCUGCCAUCAAGAAGAGCAGUCAGCAGCCCAUUGAUGCUGAUGCGGGACAACCGGUGACUGUUCCGAGUGGAUUCAGACCCAGAAUUACGCCCAUAGAGUUGUUUCCUGCUGAUGAUUCUGUUCAAUAUAUUCCUAUGGUCCCGCGGAAGUUGUACAAUGGUGAACACCCACCUCGUACUAUCCUUCCAAACCCUCUUCCAUUUCCCAUUCAUUUCAAGCCACAACGUUCACUUACCGGCUCACCUAUACGGCGAUGGUCUUUUGAAUUGCUUCAAACUCAAGCUCGUUCUUCUUUCAAACGCCGUCCGGUCUCUCCUCUGCGGUACGGGCCGAAUGGAUUUCGUCGAUCCUCGAGAAGGUCAACCUCCCCACCGUCCUCAUCAACACAACCUGUUCUGCGGCCGCGUUUCGUAGGGAAUCCGGUCUAUCUACGACUCAAAGCCUUGCAGAAUUGCACUGGUAUUCCAGUCAUGGACUCGCAGAUCCUCGAGCUGCAUGAAGAAGGUGUAUCGAUCAAGGGCGGGAUUUUGGGUUCUGGGAAAGAGAAGGUGCUCGGUACUGCUUUUGAGGAUGUUGGAAGAAGUAGGCUUGGUGUCGACCUUCUUCAUGAACCAACGCUUCAACAUCGCGUCACAUUACCUAUAAAUUCACCUAUACCGUGGUGGCACCCAAGGAAUGACAUUGAUAACGUACAACUGCGCUGGGAGGACGGCAGUGUUCGUAGAGGCAGGAGUGUCGUCAAAGGUUGAGGUUUUCUCUAUGUUGAAUACAUGCUUGUUGUUUUGUUUGCUGAUUUCAGUGUUGUCUUGCUUGUUAUGCUUGCUACGAACCGCUACGAACUCGUUACUCUGUAUAGUGAAUCAUUCUUAUUAGUCUAUCCUUCUAACGCCCUACCUUAUCUACCACGACGACUAUUCCAGAGUGCUAAUGCCUUUAUCUGUACUUACAUCUUUGUUUUUCAUUUGUUAGUGUUUCUAUAGCAUUCUCUUCGAGCACUUCAGCGAAUGUUCGUUCAAUGAUAGAUCUUUUGCCCAAGAGUGUUGUGAAAUAUUGUCGUAGU